AUGUUUCAAAUCUACGUGGGAAGUGCCCUGAACACCUAUUUACACGGCUUAAUGAUGACUCUGAUUAUGGUGUGGGCAGUGGGUUGUGGCUCGUGUAUUGGGGAAAUGGUUAUCUCGUGCCUAAUAUGCGGUAAAGUUGAAGGAAAUAUUAUCAAGAUAAGUGAUGCCUUGUAUGCUAUGAAUUCCAAUGAAUUGUCGGACAUGGAGUAUAGGGAAUGGCAGAUGAUUGGGAAUAUCGUACGGAAUUCCCACGCAUUUGGUAUUAAUGUGAGCACUACAUCAGGGGUAGUUAGAGGACAGGCUAUAAAUGUGUUGAACACAAGUAUUUACGAGUUUCUUGGCAUACCUUAUGCCGAACCACCGGUGGGUGACCUAAGGUUUGCAAAACCAGUUCCCAUAGAAAAGCCAUUAAAUGACAUUAUAGAUGCCACACAACCCGGCAACUCAUGUAUGCAAAUACCGCCCGAAGACGCCCACGAGUUGUGGGGAAAUGGGACCACAAGUGAGGACUGUUUGGUACUAAACAUAUGGACACCUAUUGUGGGAAACAAUAUCCCAUCGAAAGACUCACCAUUAAAACCAGUCAUGUUUUGGAUAUAUGGCGGGGGUUUGACUUCGGGGUCCAUUUUCUUUCACGACUAUAAUGGCAGUGUUUUGGCCACACAUGAUGUCCUACUCGUGGCCCCUAACUAUAGAUUAGGUCCGUUUGGCUUUAUAUAUGGUGGCGAUGAGACGGCGCCCGGAAAUGUGGGCUUUUAUGACCAGUUAUUGGCACUUAAAUGGGUCAGAGAAAACAUACAUUUAUUUGGUGGGGAUAGGGAUCAGAUCACUAUAUUUGGUCAGAGCGCCGGCAGUUGGUCGGUGUCCGCACAUAUAGUCUCUCCACUAUCUAAAGGCCUAUUCAAGAGGGCUAUUAUGGAGAGCGGGUCUCAUAUGUACUACAAGGAGAGGGAUGUGAUCAACACUACCGAAGCCAUACUCAAUGGCCAACAUUUGGCGGAACAACUGAAAUGCAAUUCAUCUGAACAUUGGUUGCAAUGUUUGCGAGGAGUGGAUGCAAAGGAAUUCCUAAAAUAUGAGGCAUUAAUGACAUAUCCGGUCGAAGGCACGGAAUUUCUGCCCAUUUCUGAACAAAAGGCUUUUGAGACCAAAAAUUUUAGUUCCGAUAUUGAUUUACUGGCGGGCGUGACAUCGGACGAGGGCUCAGGUAUCUCAUCGCAUAUCUUCCAUCAUAUCAAGAAUAUAACGGUCGACGGCUUCAAGGAAUUGGUUACCGAAACCAAUCAUAUAUAUCACGGUUUGGACGCCGAAAAUGUGACACAAUUUUAUCUCAAGAAUGUUGACGCCGAAGAUCCCGGUGCUAUUGAACAGGCGUUUGAUGAGUUUAUCAGCGAUUUGCUAUUCAAAUGUCCCACUUACUUGUUUGCCAAACAAUUUGCUAAAAGUGUACAAGUACAAAAUGCUAGUAACAAGAAUGUCUACUUAUAUGAGUUGACAUUUGAGAGUGAAUUUGUGGCUAAUGUCACCGGCUGUCGGCCCGGUAUGGUAUGUCAUAGCGCGGACGUGCCGUUUGUAUUUGGCAUACCUUUCAUAAUCCCCGAGCAUUUUACACGCGAGGAAAUAUUUUUUAGUCAAGAACUCAUGAAAAUGUGGACUAAUUUUGCUAAAACAGGUAACCCGGAUAAAAUAUGGCCUAAACUAUUAGAUAAUAAUGAGAUUUCAGUCCGUGAUUUGAAUCCACGGAAUAUGAGUCGAACUGUAUUUAUAAUAUUUUGUGUUGGAUUUGCAAAUAGUAUUGAUGUGAACACGACAUCAGGUGUAGUGAGAGGUCUCACUAUAGAUGUGUUGAACACAAGUGUUGACCAGUUUUUGGGUAUACCUUAUGCCGAACCACCGGUCGGUGCGCUUAGGUUUGCUAAACCAGUACCCAUUAAACAGCCAUCGAAAGAAAUAAUAGAUGCAACAGCACCCGGGAACUCUUGUUUGCAAACUGAGUUUGCAAAAUCAAGUCCUACACUGGAUGUGUUCAAUACUGUCAUUAACUCUGAGCUCAAUCUCAUCCAAAGUGAGGACUGUUUGGUACUAAACAUAUGGACACCACAUACGAGAAUUAACAGAUCAAUGAAAGGCUUACCACUUAAACCAGUCAUGUUUUGGAUACACGGAGGGGGUCUGAUCGGGGGCUCAAUAUUUAUGGCCGACUAUAACGGCAGUGUUUUGACUACUAAUGAUGUCAUACUCGUGGCCACAAACUAUAGAUUAGGUCCGUUUGGCUUCUUAUAUGGGGAUCGGGAGGAUACCCCCGGAAAUGUGGGCCUUUAUGACCAGUUAUUGGCACUUAAAUGGGUUAGAGAUAACAUACAUUUAUUUGGUGGAGACAAAGAUCAGAUCACUAUAUUUGGUCAGAGCGCCGGCAGUUGGUCGGUGUCCGCACAUAUA